AUGUCGGGUGAAAAGGCUGUCAUGGAUACCUCAAACGAAGGAACUCGGCUGAGUUACAAUGCCUCUGCCCAAUCUUCGCACGAAACCGGUAAGGACCAUGUGCCUCAGCCAGUGGUCCCGAUUGGAAGUCCAACUGCCCUGGGUAUGGGAGCAUUCGCCAUCGCCUUCACCACACUCUCCAUGAGUCUGAUGGAGUGGCGGAGGGCAGCUAUCGUAAAUGCAUACAUUGGAAAUGCCUUCUUCACUGCAGGUCUUGGCUUGGUGUUGGUGGCGCAGUGGGAGCUCGUCCGAGGAAACUCAUUUGGACAUACUGUUUUCGGAGGGUUCGGUCUGUUUAAUCUCGCUUUUGGAGCCAUCAAUGCACCUGCAUUUGGAGUGGCAGAUGCUUUCAAGAACGAUCCAGCUGCCCUGAACAAUGCGACUGGGUACUUUCUGCUUGGUAGUAUCCUAUUUAUGAACCUUUUUGCAGAAUACCAUACUAAUACUGAGGCAGUAUGGGGCAUAUUUGUCCUCUUCUUCACAAUUGCUGCAAUGCCCAUGAACCUGGUAUACACUGCAAUGCUUGGAACGUCACAGAUCACAUAUACUGUGUUGGCUGCGUCUUAUUUUGCCAUGGCAGAUAAUAAGACUACAACAGGAGUAGCACUGAAGAAAACCGCGGGAGCUUUUGGAUUUGUGUCGGGUUUGCUGGCCUGGUACACGUGUUAG